UUCCAGCUAUGAAUGCCGCACUGCCAAGGAGGCAUGAAAACUGAUAACGACAAACGGGAUACAUCGCCGGUGGAUAUACGGAAGAAGACUGGGGACGCGCUGUGUUAUGCUGGGCUCUAGACAGAAUGGGUGAGCGCCAGACCUACGUGAAGCUCAGUGAAGAGAAACUAAUACCAAAGUCUGACAUCCUGUCGCUGCUGAGGACCUACAACUGUUAUCAUGAGGGGAAAAACUUUCAGCUGAGGACUCGAGAGGAGAACGGUGAAUUCAUUCUCGAAGGGCUGCUGAACAUCUACUGGGGCCUACGCCGACCAAUAAGACUUCAGAUGUACGAUGACAAUGAAAGAUUCCGUCUCAACAGAAAUGAUAGGUCUUCUGCAGCAAAGCAGUUAUCAGCGGAGUCUAAUAAUAAUUCACUGGACAGAGAAACUGGACCAGCAGGUGCUGACAAUGGUGGCCAGGAGGAAGAGGACUCCCCUCAGCUGCUGAGGACCAGGAGUGACGCUUCCUUCAUGCGAGUUCAGAGACGGUCAAACACACACACGGCCGGGGACCUGCAGCGCCUGCGCACACACAGGUUCUCCAUCAACGGCCACUUCUACAACCACAAGACGUCCGUUUUUACGCCGGCCUACGGUUCAGUCACUAACGUACGAGUAAACAGCUCCAUGACCACUGGUCAAGUCCUCAACCUGCUGCUGCACAAGUUUAGGGUGGAGAAUAAAUCCGACGAGUUUUUCCUUUAUAUGGUGCACGAGUCUGGUGAGAAGACCCGUCUGAGGGAUGGUGAAUACCCGCUGGUGACUCGUGUGCUUUACGGACCUUGUGAGAAAAUCUCUAAGAUCUUCAUCACGGAGGCCGACCUAGGAGAGGAAGUCACAUACGAUGUUGCCCAAUACAUAAAAUUUGAGAUCCCUGUUUUAGACAGCUUUGUGGAGAAACUUAAAGAGGAAGAGGAACGUGAGAUAAACAAACUGACCAAAAAGUACAGCGCUCUGAGGUCAAUGAUUGUACAUCAGCUCGAAGGCAAAGCUCACACCAGUGACAGAGUAUGAGUUAUUCUGUACGAAUGUAUGUGUGGGAAGACAGGGUGUGUGCAACACUAAUGCUUGUUGAUUUACUAUGGGAACGUUUCCAAAUACUGUAGUAAAUAGUGAUGAGUGAGGGGUGCUUUUAAUGCAAUGUGCUUCUGAUUUUAAAACGACUGUACAUAUUACUCCUCUUUGUAUGAUCCGUUUAGUUUCUAGCUACAUGUUUUGAUAUCUGCUUUUAAUAUAUUCACAUUUUGUACAAGGAACUCUGACUGCAUAUAUGGAUAUUUAUACAGACUGUUUUUGGUAAUGUUUUCUCUGACCUGUGCCUGCUUAUGUAAUAAAUUCUCUGCAGCUUUGCCCUCAAAAACAAA